AUCAACAAAUCUUCGAUUUAUUCUUCCUUUCAUUUCCUGGCAGAGUUCCGUGGCGCCCACUCAAUGCUUAGCGCCUGAAGUCAACAUAGCAGCAAACAUUGCCUUCGAGGCUAGCGCCCACCCUUUCUCCAACUUCUUGUCUUACACUACUUUGAUCAACUAUUCACCAUGGACAACCCAAUUCAAUUGGGGAACCCCGAGUCCAUGUCAGUUCCUCAUCCAGAUAUCGAGACACCUAACAAAACACAUACUGCUGAGCCCCGGGGCCGACCCCGUGGCAAAAUUUGUCGCUUGCUGGGCAAGGUUAAGAAUGGCGUUGUCAAAAAGAUUUCCCGCUCAAAGUUCAACGAUUCACGCAUCCGCGACGCCGUUCAGGAUGCUUCUACUGUUGUGCAACAAGGCGCCGAUCCCCAAUCUGUGAACAAGGCACUUCAGGAUGCUGGUCAUGGUGCAGAUCAGAUGAAACAAAUUGGGGGAUAUGCGAGGCCCGUAUUAUCUGCAGGCAAAAAGGGACCGGCAGCGCUCGACAGCAUAGACAGCUUUGGGACCACUUAUCUUCAACCCCUCAGGAUAUUCGACACUGUGAUCGGGACGAUAGCAGAGGUGCAUCCGUAUGCAAAGAUGGCGUUGGGCGUGCUUUCUUGCGCAUCCAAAAUAAUCCUUGCUCAAGCGAAUCGUGACGAAGCAGUGCUUGACCUCUACAAGAAGUUGGGUCAAGUGUAUGGCUUCAUAACGCAAGACGACGCGCUUCUCAAGAUUUCGUCGAUGAGGGACGUCUUGGGACAGAUCUCUCAGCAGACCCUAGAAUGCGCCAAUUUCAUCAGGGAUUAUUCAGAGAAGAAAAGCUUUUGGGAGAGACUCGGAAAGAACAUCGUCUCGGAAACAAACGAUACGAUACGACAGUAUAACGAUGUGUUGGAUGCGCUCAUGCAAAACUUCCGCGACCAAGUCACUCGCGAUGUGGCCACCUAUAUUCACGAUACAAGUAAGUAUUUUAUUUUCUUCUGACUCGACAUC